AUGAAAACAUUGUGGGAGUGCAAAUAUUUCGAACCUAUUUCUUAUGGAGAACUUUUCACAUAUACGACUGACUUAUAUAAACAGAACCUUGCACCAUUUAAAGAUUUGACAUAUGCUCCAAAGUAUUGUGUACAACUGAAGAAGAAAGCAGAGUCAAAAGAAGUAAAUAAAGCUAAAUGUAAGUUCAUUCCUGAGCACGUUUUCUUUGCUGACUUUGAGUGUAGUACGGAUGGCUUUCAUAAAGCUUUUAACAUCUGUUUUGACAGUGAAGAUGGUUCAGUGAGUGAAAGCAUUUGGGGUCAAAACUGUGCAACAGAAUUUUUGGAACGACUUCCUGACAAGAGUUUAAUAUAUUUCCAUAACCUCAGUUAUGAUAUAAACUUCAUCUUAAGACACAUGACAGAAGUGAAAGGAACUCCCAUCAUUAAAGGUUCACGAACAAUGCAAAUAACUGGCUUAUAUAAAGGAAGGGCAAUUAUUAUAAAAGACUCUUACAGUGUUAUAAAUAAGAAGCUUAAACUAUUUCCUGCUAUGUUUAACUUACAAACAGGACCGAAAGAAGUAUUUCCAUAUAACUACUACAGCAGUGUUUUGUUAGCAAAUGACAACAGAACUGGUGUCAUUUCUGAAGCAUGUAAGUUUGUAAAAGAUAUUGAAACGUUCAUGAAAAACAUAGAUUCCAUCAAAGGUUGCAGAAUAGAUGAAAACCACUUCGACUUAGAAAAAUAUAGCACAUUUUAUUGCAAACAAGAUGUAAGAAUUUUAAGAGAAGGUUUUGUUAAGUUCCGCAAUGACAUAUUGAAAGAAUUUGAUUUAAACGUUUAUGACUACGUUAGUAUUUGUUCAAUUGCUAACAAAUUAUUUGAGAACAGAGUGUACUUCCCGAAUGGAAAUUUAUAUGACCUCUCAAAUAAACCAAGAGAAUUUAUUUCGAGAUGCAUUCAAGGUGGAAGAUGUAUGUUGUCAGAUAACAUUAAACAAAAGAGCAAAAAGAAACUCAUUGCUGACUUCGACGCUGUUUCAUUAUAU